UGAAGCAGAAAGCAGCAGCUUGUUUCCUCUGAAGACACAAAGACUCUUCAGUUUGACCUGUAGCUGAGUUCAGACAGAGCAUCAGACAGAGCUACAUCAGCAGUUGAUUCAUUUCAGCAGAAAACUGACAAUGAAGCUGGUUUCAGUCUUCCUCCUCCUCCUGGCUCCACUGUUGGCCAGCUGCCAGAAGCUUCUCCAACCGGUAGACUGCAGUGCCAUCUAUCAGCAAGACAAAAGCAAACCCAGUGGAGUGUACACCAUCUAUCCCGCUGGAAAGAUUUUUGGUGUCAAGGUAUACUGUGACAUGACUUCAGAAGGAGGACGGUGGACGGUCUUCCAGAGGAGGAUGGACGGCAAGGAGAACUUCUACAGGGGCUGGAAAGUAUACCAGAAAGGCUUUGGUAACGCUGCUGGAGAGUACUGGCUCGGUCUUGACAACAUCUACUACCUGACAAAGAACAAAAAGAGUGAGCUGCUAGUCAACAUGGAGGACUUUCAGGGGAAAAAAGCGUUUGCUCGGUACUCUUCGUUCUCCGUCGGUGCAGAACGUGGCGGAUAUGUGCUGAGUGUGUCUGGAUUCAUUAAUGGAGGGGCAGGAGACUCCCUGAGUUAUCACAACGGACAGAAGUUCUCCACCGCUGACAAAGACCAGGACAAAUGGCCUUGGAACUGUGCCACAUCAUUCCUGGGGGCAUUUUGGUACAACAGCUGUAACUAUGCAAAUCCAAACGGCGUUUAUCGUUCGGGUACCAACAGCACUUUCUCUGCUGUUGGAGUGAUGUGGCAAACCUGGAAAGGUCGUGACUACACCCUGAAGAGCAUCAGCAUGAAGGUCCGUCCUGUGCUGUAGUUCUCCAGGACCAACGUACAGCAGAAUAUCAGCUCAUCUCUUGUGAUUUAUUUCUCUUUCUCUCAUUAAGCGUUUAAUCUCACAACAGGUCUGAUUUUCCUGAAACUGGGCACCAGCACAAGAAAACCAACUGACAUUUGUAAUUCUUGUUACCGUCUGUGGUGGUUUAAAGUAUGGCUGCACAAUAUGAGAAAAAUAUGCGAUAAGUUGUUGAAUAUGGCGAUAACAAUAUCACUUGUGAUAAAUAAACAGAUAUUAACAUGUUCUUAGUUCUACUGCUUUUAGUAUUCUACUGAAAUACAACAGUUUGUUGAAUUUAAAACAAAAAACAACCAUUUCAAUCAUUCUUUUAUUGAACAAAUUGAACAUUGAAUUGAAUA